AUGAGGAUGAAUUCCCAGUUCGAGGAGUACGUGCGUCAGUUAGCUCGCGAAAUCGGAUAUGAGAGUCCUAUUGUCGGGAUACAGGUCAGACGAACAGACAAGACUGCGAGUGGCCUCACCUUCAUCCCUCUCAAGAACUUCAUGGAAGCCGUGGCUGGGUUCUACGACGACCUCGAGCUUCGGCAGGAGGUCGGGAUUCGGAGGGUCUUCGUGGCGACGGACGACCCUUCCGUGAUCGAGGAAGCCAAGGAAAAAUACCCCGACUACCAGUUCGUGUACAACGAAGCGAGCAUCGUAUCAGCUGACUUGCACAACCGCUGGACCGAGACGAAUCUUCGCUAUUACUUAGCGGACAUCUAUUUUCUCUCGAGAUCGAACUAUCUGAUCUGCACCAUGAGUUCGAACAUGUGUCGGUUCGCCUACGAGGUCAUGCAGACUGUGUACCCCGAUGCCUCGUUACUGACCAGGGGGUUGGAAUUGCCCUUCUACUUCAUGGACGGGCAAGGAGGGCACAUCCUCAGGGCACGUUUCCCUCACGUUCCUAGAAGAAGUGAAGAAAUGGGCCUACAAAUUGGAGAUAUGAUAUCUGUCAGUUUCAAAUAUUAUUAUAGAAAACUCCUUGUUGAAAAUGGCUUCUUGUAUGGUGUGAAUUUACGCACUUCAAUGAAAGGUUUAUUCCCAGUGUAUAAAACCGUCGACGUUCUGGAUGUGGCUGAAUUCUCGUCCUUUGAAGAGAUUGAUAGAACGUAA